CCGCCGCCCGCCCGCGCCCCGCGGCCCUGUCCCCGCGCGGCCCGCGCCCCAGACUGCGCGGCCAGACCGGGCGAGCCAGAAAAGUCAUUUCUUCCCUGGAGAGUGAAUGUUGAUAGCAUUGAUUUCCUGGACCUGGUAACAUGGCAAAAGAUGCCGGCCUGAUUGAAGCCAACGGAGAACUGAAGGUCUUCAUCGACCAGAACCUCAGCCCCGGGAAAGGUGUGGUGUCCUUAGUGGCCGUCCACCCGUCCACUGUGAACACGAUCGGGAAGCAGCUCUUGCCAAAGACCUUCGGGCAGUCCAAUGUCAACAUCACGCAGCAAGUGGUGAUCGGCACGCCCCAGAGGCCGGCCGCGUCCAGUGCCAUUGUGGUCGGGAGCCCGCACACACCCAGCGCACACUUCGCCUCUCAGAACCAGACCUCCGACUCCUCCCCUUGGUCGGCCGGCAAGCGGAGCCGCAAGGGCGAGAAGAACGGCAAAGGGCUGCGGCACUUCUCCAUGAAGGUGUGCGAGAAGGUGCAGAGGAAGGGCACGACCUCCUACAACGAGGUGGCCGACGAGCUGGUGGCCGAGUUCAGUGCUGCCGACAGCCACAUCCUGCCCAGCGAGUCCGCUUACGACCAAAAGAACAUCCGGCGCCGAGUCUACGACGCCCUGAACGUGCUGAUGGCCAUGAACAUCAUCUCCAAGGAGAAGAAGGAGAUCAAGUGGAUUGGCCUACCCACCAACUCAGCCCAGGAGUGCCAGAACCUGGAGGUGGAGAGACAGAGAAGACUCGAGAGAAUAAAACAGAAGCAGUCUCAGCUUCAGGAGCUCAUUCUUCAGCAAAUUGCCUUCAAGAACCUGGUGCAGAGAAACCGCCAAGCGGAGCAGCAGGCCAGCCGGCCGCCUCCGCCCAACUCGGUCAUCCACCUGCCCUUCAUCAUCGUGAACACCAGCAAGAAGACCGUCAUCGACUGCAGCAUCUCCAACGACAAGUUUGAGUACCUAUUUAACUUCGACAACACGUUUGAAAUCCAUGACGACAUUGAGGUGCUCAAGCGGAUGGGCAUGGCCUGCGGGCUGGAGUCGGGGAGCUGCUCUGCCGAGGACCUCAAAAUGGCCAGAAGUUUGGUGCCCAAGGCUCUGGAACCGUAUGUGACAGAAAUGGCUCAGGGAUCGAUUGGCGGUGUGUUCGUCACAGCGGCGGGCUCCACGUCCAACGGCACGAGGCUUUCUACCAGCGACUUGACCAACGGUGCCGACGGCAUGCUGGCCACAAGCUCCAACGGGUCUCAGUACAGCGGCUCCAGGGUGGAGACGCCUGUGUCCUACGUCGGGGAGGACGACGAAGACGACGAUGACUUCAACGACAACGACGAGGAGGACUGAUGUCCCGGCCCCUUCCCCACAGAUCCGGCUUCAGGAACCGUCUAGGGAAGAGACUUUUUUUAAACGUGGGGUUUUCUGUUUCUUUCUGGCCUUCCCCUGAGAAGAUGCUGGUGAGCUGCGAGAGGGCCCCACAGGCCCCAGGCCGCCGCCAGGGCGCUGCUCGCUUUGCAGGAGUCUGCUUUCCGUUUCUAGCUCUUUUUAAAAUUCAGAGUCCGUAUUUGCCCCUUCACAACUCUCGCUGAGUUUGCUGAAGAAAUCUUACUUCAUCAACGAAAAUAGACGCUCUCCUGCCAUGGCCGCGGGCGCCGGCGGCGCGUGGCGCCCUGCGUCGGGCUGGUGGGGGCGAGACGCGGGAUGCGUUUUCCUCUUGUGAAUCAUGCGAUGUCCAAAGACGGAAGCGAACACUCAGCGCCAUGCGUCCUGCCGGGACUGUGUGCUCCGUAAAUUAUACUGACUGGUGUGACUCCAUCAAGCUGACCGUCUCGCUCGCUCGCUCGCUCUCUCUCUCUAUUGCAGCAACAAAUUGCAAGUCCUCUUUCUUUUUGUUUGUCGUUUUGGUCUGCUGGGCAACGUUUGCUGCCCGCUGGUGCGGCUGUGGAAACUCUGGAAGGUUUGUUGCUUAUGGUGAAAUUUGCCUGAUUUCUUACAGGCUGCAUUUGGAAACUUUUUAUUAAAUAGUUGUUUACAUACCUAUGAGUCUGUCAUUUAAAGACACGCACCGAAACAAAUGUGGGAUUUGUUUCCUGAGCAUCUUCCGUAAUCUAUUAUAAAGUUGAAAUUAAACAUAGAGAAUGUUUUAACAGUUUUUUAACUCAAAAUUUGUCAAUCAUUUUUAAUAGUUCUUUUUUUAUAAAGAGAAAAGGAAAUUAAGGACAGGCAGUGGUCUCCUUCGAGAUGUAUUCCCAGACACAUUAACUGCUCAGUUGCUGUCAGCUGCCUGUUCUGAAGCGAUAGUCUUUUUAUUGAAACACAAAUAGACUUUUCUGUAAUAUUUUAUGGAAUAUAAAGAGACUUUAAUUGUUUGACUUGUUUAACUUGGCACUGUUAGUUUUUAUUAAUAAAACGCGCAUGGGCAUUUUC